AGGAAUUUCUGUCCCCGUUCCUCACGCGAUAUCCAAGCCACUUUACAAGGAGCAGUAUAGCGUUAGCCAUUUUUAAUUAAUUAAUCAUUCAAAUUAGCACACUUUUAUUUUGUCAGCGAGGAGCUGCUGCUCCCUCGCUAGAUUUUUCGCCUUGAUACCCGGCCAAGAGGAGGAUGGCAAGUUAUGCUCCACCCAUCUCUCCUUUAUAAAAGCAGCAGCCCCGAGUGCCAGUUUAGUCUCUCUUCCAGCUCGCAGGCUAAAAUACAGCUCCGGCGGCUCGCUCUGCUCCCGUUGCAUUUCACCUUGUCGGUUUUCUCCUCUCUUGCUGCAGCAGGGUGCGGGAGGCGGCUGGGCUCUGAGGCUUGUCAAGGCACACGGGCGCAGUCUGGAGCAAAAAAAAAAAAAAGAGAAAAAAAACACCAACAAAACAACAAAAAACCACCAAACCCAGGCGUUUGCUCUCACCUGUCUCCAAAACCAAAGCAAAACCUCGCGGCCAAGCCUGCUGCCGGCGUCGCAGAACAGGAGGCACCAAAGCCAGCGCUUAACCUAAGGGGAAGAAAUCCAGCUUACAACUUUUCUCGGAGGAAACGAGAAGGCGAGAGGAAGAAAAAGAGAAUUUGAAGAGAGAGAAAAAAAAUAGAGACACCGAGGAAGAUUUGAUUUUUUUUUGGAUUUGGCACCAAACUUUGGAAGAGUUGAUUAUUAUUGUUGUUGUUGUUGUUACUCCCUGCGUAUUUUUAUUUUUUUCCCCCCUCUAAGAACACUGAGGCGUCGCUGCCCGUCCGCAGAAGCUUUUCUCCUCGGACACGCAUGCAUUUGUGCAAGGAAGAAGAAGGAGAGGGGAAAUAACAUGCGGGCCACCUGGUAGAGGAGCAGCCACCGAGGCACCGCCGGCGGCACGGGGGGACGCGGACCCUCGGAUGCCCGUCACCCGCCGGGACCGCGGCUUGUCCCCAGCCACCUUAUGAGAUAGCAAAGCGGCCCAGGAGCCACCCAGACCCUCCUCAGCCCCCUUCGCCCCUCUUCGCCCAGCUCCUGUAGCUCCGAGGGGCGAUGGGGACGCGCGGAGCUUGAGGCCGCGGGGGUCGCCGCGGGGGGCUGGCUGUCAGCUCGCAGCUCUUCCCUGCCUUGCCGGGGCUCUCCGUCCAUGUGCCCGCAGCCGGCGGGGCCUGAAGCCGGGAUGAAUUUCGGCGUGCUCUUGGCCUUCGUCCUCUCCCUGCCCCUGGCCAGCCUGGAGGGGGACCCCAUACCCGAAGACAUUUAUGAGAUCCUGGGUGGCGGCUCGGUGCGCUCCAUCAGCGACCUCCAGCGCGCCCUGCGGAUAGACUCCGUAGAGGAGGACAGCUCCAGCCCGGACCUGAAUGCAACUCAUCCCGGUCCAAACCCCGCGUCCCUGGCUCGAGAGAGACGAAGCCUGGACGCCCUGGCAGCGGCCGAGCCAGCUGUCCUCGCCGAGUGCAAGACGCGGGCGGUGGUCUUCGAAAUCUCCCGCGCCAUGGUGGACAGCACCAACGCCAACUUCGUGGUGUGGCCGCCCUGCGUGGAGGUGCAGCGCUGCUCCGGCUGCUGCAACAACCGCAACGUGCAGUGCCGCCCCACGCAGAUCCGCGUCCGGCACGUCCAGGUGAACAAGAUCGAGUUUGUCCAGAAGAAGCCAAAAUUCAAGAAAGUCGUCGUGCCUUUGGAGGACCACGUGCAGUGCCGGUGCGAAGCGGUGUCCCGCCAGCCCCCCAGGAGCAGCCGGCCAGCGCCACGAGAGCAGAAACGCUUGUCACCGUCGUUCACCACAGCCGCCGUCUCGCAGAGGAAGCGGGUACGCCGGCCGCCGGCACAGAAGAGAAAACACAAGAAGUACAAGCAUGUCAACGAUAAGAAAGUGCUGAAAGAAAUCCUCGUGGCAUAGAAGUGCUGGCAGGGGAGAGAGAGCACAAAGCAGGUUUAUUUAAUAUAUUUGCUGUAUUGCCCCCAUGGGGUCCUUGGAGUGAUAACUUUUCCUCUUUGUCCGUCUGCCUCAACGACUGAUUCAGGCGGCAAAUGGUGCUUCCCUUUCCAUCAGUGGACCUUCUCCCACCAAAGCCUCUCCCUCCUUUCAUUUAUUAACGAUAUCCAUUUUUAGAAAAACAAAGAAAAAGAAAAAAAAGGACAAACACAGAAUAUAUAUAUAAAUAUAUAUAUAUAUGAGAAAAGAACAAAAAUGAAACCGUGAUCCCCGACAGCCACAACACGCGACGAGGACAGGACAAUGCCUUCCCUGCUCCAGGGGACGGGAUGGAAAAUGUGAAAAGGGAAGUGGGUCCAAUUUCUUCCGAGGGGAGGAGAAAAAGAAACGGACGGAGGGAGGAAGGGGCAUAUUCCUCCUUCUCCUUGUGUUUCUGCUGAGGCUGGGGGGCCCGGCUGAGAUCCACACUUGCACUGGACCUAGGCUUCGCCAACAGGCGGAUCUCGGACUGCGAGCGGCGGCCGACGAUGGAAAAUGCACUAAGGACUUGUAUUGCCCUACCUGGACAGAUAUCUAUUUUUAACGUGCGUGCGUAUAUUUUAUUUGAAAAAAGAAAAACCAAAACCACUAAAACACACAACAUCUCGGGGAACAGAACAGAAAAAAUAAAAAAAAAAAAAGAAAGGAAAAGCAACCACCACCACGAAAACAAAACCAAGAAGCCAAAUGCAUUCCCCCCCUCCCUUUCCCCUCCUGCUCCUGGUGCUGACUGGAAGGUGUUUGGAUCGUGGGGAAGGAGCAGACGGCGGCAGACUCGUCUCCACACCCCCGGCCCCUCCUGAGGGGAGCCGUCUUUGCACAUGCUGGUGGAGAACUCAACUUUCCAGGCUCGGACUCAGAUCUUAUUUUUUAAAAUUCGCUCCGUAUGUGUGCGCGUGUCUCCGUGUGUAUAUCUCUACAUGUGUUUGCGUGUGUGUGUGUGUAUUUAUACAUGCAUAUAUAAAUAUAUAUAUAUAUGUUCUUA